UCGAGGAAGUGGGUAGGACGGGCAGAUUCCGAAGCGACAGAGAAGAGUUUGUUGUUGACUUUUUUUCCGGAGGAUAAACGCCUCGUCGUUCUGCCAAAAUGUCGGAUUUUGACGCUAACCCCUUCGCGGAGCCCAGCAACAUUAACCCAUUCAAUGAUCCUUCAGUUACUCAAGUGACAAACUCCAGCAUCGAGCCGAUCGACCAGUAUAACCCCUUCCCCCAGUCCAAUGACUUUGCCGGCGCUCAGACGACCCCGGCCUCCACGUCCCCCUACCAGCCGGCCGUGUUGCAGCCGUCCACAGAACCCAGCCCACAGGCAUCCGCUGCCGCAGCUCAGGCCAACCUGCUGAGGCAGCAGGAGGAGCUGGAGAGGAAAGCAGCCGAACUGGACCGCAGGGAGCAGGAGCUGCAGAACCGGGCCCCCACAGGUAAAGAGAACAACUGGCCUCCGCUACCCAAGUUCUUCCCCAUCCAACCUUGUUUCUAUCAGGACUUCUCAGAGGAAAUCCCGGCCGAGUACCAGAGAGUCUGCAAAAUGAUGUACUACCUCUGGAUGUUCAACUGUGUGACUCUGUUCCUCAACCUGCUGGCGUGUCUGGCUUACUUCAUCGAUUCCCCGAAUCACGGCGUCGACUUCGGCCUCUCCAUUCUCUGGCUCGUUCUCUUCACGCCCUGCUCCUUCCUCUGCUGGUACCGGCCAGUGUACAAGGCCUUCAGGAGCGACAGCUCCUUCAACUUCUUCUUCUUCUUCUUUGUGUUUUUCUGCCAUGUGGCCAUCGUCAUCAUCCAGGCCGUGGGCAUCCCCUACUGGGGAAACAGCGGUUGGAUUUCUGCCUUCACUGAGAUCGGCAACGGCAAAAAGGCGGUGGGAGGCAUCAUGAUCAUCGUGGCCUGCCUCUUUACGACCGGGGCCGUGAUGUCCAUCGUCCUGCUGAAGAUGGUCCACAGCCUGUACCGCCGCACCGGGGCCAGUUUCCAGAAGGCCCAGCAGGAGUUCUCCCAGGGCGUGGUCACCAGCAAAGGCUUCCAGACUGCAGCCUCCGGAGCGGCAUCCGCUGCCGCCCGCGGAACCUUCCAGGGCAACAACUGAGAGCUUGACUGAGCUCAAAUCAACGAUCACCGUAGCUUCUGGUUUCUGCAUCUGCAGCUGAGUGACGACGUCCAGCUGUGUGCAAGUGUGUGUGUGUGUGUGUGUGUGCGUGUGUGUGUGUGUGUGUGUGUGCGUGUGGGCGAGAAGAGCAGCUGAUGGGGGGAAAGUCGCAUAUCAAAUGAAAACUAGAGGGGCAGAAACAAAUGAAGAUUAACAAUGUCCAUUUCAGCAUGCUUCUGCUUUGUAUAUGUUGUUUCAAUGCCUUUUCUGACAAUGCUCUUAUGUGUGUGUGUGUGUGUGUGUGUGUGUGUGUGUGUGUGUGUGUGUGUGUGUGAGAGACAGGCCGGUUCCAUAUGUGGGAGCAGGGUGAAUAUAACUGAGAUGAAGUGUUUUGUUUUGUCAUUGAUCUAACUUGUGUUUUGUCUCAGAAUCUGCAGAAUUAUGGAAAAUAAGUUGUGUUUUGUUGUAUUUGCUUCAACAUGGACAUUACUGUAAAUAUUGAUUUUGAAUCAGUCAGCAAACUCGCUCUGCUCUGUGGGGGUUUCACAUGAAUGUAACUUGGCGACAGAAAGCAGAAUUGCCAGAGCCUUGACGUAGUUUCAGACUUUAAUGUGUUGUUUUUGUUUGUUUGUUUUUUUACUUUAGGAUUGAUUUUUUUAAUUACGUUUAUUCAUUUUUAAGCAUCAUUUCACCAUUUUGUGAAGCAACUUUGGCUGGAUUAUAGAAUAUAGAAUAUGAAACAUUUCCAGUUGCACUGACAGCAACUCAUACAGUCCAUUCUGAUUCAAUCAUUUAGGAGCAGACAGUCUGAUCUGUGUUACUUUGUUUUAUGCCAGUAGCUCUGCUGUCAGUGGAUUUUCCUUUUUUUAAAUGAGAAAAUACAUAUUUUCUUAGCAAUCAAAGCUUUCCAAUAGUUCAUAACGAUCACGGCUCUCUGACUUCUUUGAAGGUCAUUUUUGUGUGUCUGUUUUGCUUGUCUGAGCUUGCAGACAUGUAAAUUAUGUCCACUGUACAUUUCUCCCAUUUCCUAUCUUAAAAAGCGUGUCUGUGUGUGUUAUUUAAUGUAGUGUUUAAAAACCUCAAUUGAGAUGUAACUUCUGUAAGUAUUCUUUUUUUCUAAAUAUUUGCAGAUUGUUUUUUUUUCUUCCACUAAACGAGUGGUUGAUGCAAGAUUUGAAUUUAUUUUUUUUGUCAUUUUGUUCGACUUGGAUGAAUUGUUCUGGGAAAAAGACAACUGGGUCCCUUUUGUAUUUCAAUAGUAAGUAUUGCAUCUAAUAAAAAUGCUUUGCUCUCA